GCAGAUAUAAUAAGAUCCGCGGAAGGCGUUAAUCGACACUGCGAGGUGUGUAUGCCAUGUACUCUGUCUCUCUCACCAACUGAAGCGAUAUCCACGUUAACGACUGGCUGGAAUUCAGGGCACGGGUUUCACCAGGUGGCACGAGGCUCAUUGACACAACCAACUAUUUUGUCCCGUCUGGCAUAAUCUCCUCCAGUGUUUCCCUCGCCCCACUUCCUGUCACACCAUCUCCCAGAAUGCUUUGGUUUGGAGGUGUCAUGGCACUGCUGGUCACGACGAUGGCCUUCCCCCCUGAGAGGCUGUCGUCCAAGGCAGACUGGGAGCUCUGGAAGACCACCUACGGGAAGGAGUACAGCAGCCGGGAGGAGGAGAUACGCAGGUCAGUUUGGGAGAAGAACAUGCUGAUGAUCCAGGCCCACAACCAUGAGUAUGAACAGGGGCUACAGUCCUACCAGCUGGGCAUGAACCACCUGGGAGACAUGACCACAGAGGAAGUGACUGCGAAGAUGACCGGCCUCAAGCCCCCGAGGGCCAGAGAGACAAACAACACCCUCCCCCUCGACAAGUUCCCCGGCAAGCUGCCCAAGUCCAUCGAUUACCGGAAAAUGGGCUUUGUCACGCCAGUCAGGAAUCAGGGCUCCUGCCUCUCGUGCUGGGCCUUCAGCGCGGCGGGGGCCCUGGAGGGCCAGCUGAUGAAGGCCCGGAGGAAGCUGGUGUCCCUCAGCCCCCAGAACCUGGUGGACUGCUCCUCAAACUGCGGCUGCAAAGGAGGCCACAUGAUCGACGCCUACGAGUACAUGAAGCAGAACGGCAUCGACUCUGAGAGGACCUACCCUUAUGUGCACGUGGACGAGGCCUGCGCCUACAACAAAUCGGACCAGGUGGCCCAGAUCUGGGGCUACAAGGUGUUCCCCAGGGGGGACGAGAGGGCCCUGAAGGCAGCAGUGGCCAACUACGGGCCAAUCGCUGUGCAAAUCAACGCCGGCCUCCACAGCUUCCAGUAUUACCGGGGCGGCGUUUACUCCAGCCGCGACUGCAGCAAGAACGCCGCCAACCAUGCUAUGCUGGUGGUGGGCUAUGGUGCCACCUGGAAAUGCGAGAAGUUCUGGAUCAUUAAGAACAGCUGGGGACAGAACUGGGGAGAACAAGGUUAUAUGCGGAUCGCCCGUAACCGUGGAAACAUCUGUGGAAUCGCAGACCUGCCCAGCGUCCCACUUCUGUGACCACUGGGGGGCGCCAAGAGGCCAGAAAGUGGAAUUUGCUGCCUUUAAUCAGAGCACAAGGUCCUGUGUGUGUAUGUGUGUGCGUGCGUGUUUGUGCGUGUGUGAAGGAGAGGGUGAGAUUCUGCAUUCCAAGCACAACCCUUCAAGGAAACAUCAGCGUUUUCCCAUCAUGCCCCAUUCCCCAACCUUUCCCUUGUUGUAUUUUGUACUUUAAUCCAGGGCUUUUUCAUGUGUUUUUGUCUCAGUGCUGUAGUUCCUGAUCUUAUCACGUACACACCUGGCCUAUCUACCUUGCGUACUACACUUAUGUUCAUGGCUUUACAACCGAUCCUACGUGAAUUGUGCCUUAUCCAACCUGUUCUGUAGUUUGUUCCAUUACCUUGGUAUGUACUUUUUCUGUACGUCACUUUGGCUAAAAGCCUCUGCUAAAUAAAAUGUAGUGUAAUGUAAUGCUUGUAAGGGAUACAGACUCAGCUGAAAUGUUUAGCUUACGUUUGGCAUACGUUUUAAAUACUUUUUAAAACCCACUUUUUUCAACUUGCAUUUUUUUAUACAGUUGCAUUUUUUACCUACUUCUACGACUUUUAUUCACCGCAUUUAUUUGUGUUUUUAAAUUGAUCUUAAAUUGAAACGAUAUAUUUUUGUGUGUUUUAUUUUAUCUUGAUUUUAUACUUGUUUCUCGAAAGCACUUUAUAACUUGUUUGGAAAAGUGCUUUAUAAAUAAAGUUCUAUCUACGCUUGUA